UCUGUGUGUGUGUGUCUGUGCGUAAAGUGUAAGUGUAAUGAGAUCCGGCUGCUUUAGUCGGCAAGCGCUUUCGCCGUGAACGCUGCUGCUUGCUGCUGCGCGGGCAACGCACCCAACGCACCGCUCAACGUGCGCGCUCAGAUGCUUCAAUCGUCACCACCACGACGACGAUACUGAAGAGAGAGGAGGACUCCGGGGGCUGUUGUGGGAUCGUGGUGGUGGGGGGGGGGAGAAGACGCACGGGGAAGCCACACCGCGUGCGCUCCCGCGUGAAGUAGGAGUGUGCGGGCAGAGGAACAGCGCACAAAGGGACGAACCAACGCCAAACAAGCGACAAACAUCAUCAUCAGCGGCGUCGGCGUCGGACUUGUGUCGCAUUGUUGCGCUGUGCUAGACUCUAGACGAGUGGUGAGUUGUGAGCGGCAAGACCGAGAAAAGAAGAGUUGCUGCUGCUGCUGCUGUGGGAAAGAAUCCGUGAGAGAAGAGGAGGAGGAGGCGGCUCUGAUCCUGUGGCUCUGCCUGCCUGCGUGGGGUGGAGGGGAUUCUUGUUUUCUUUUAAUUUUCUUUGUUAUUUUCUCGACUCUCCGUUGAGUACCGAGAUAGUAGGGGCGGUGGUGGGGGGGUUUAGGAUUCUCAUCCUAGAGGAGAGGAGCGUUGUCCCUCUGCGGAGAUCUUUGUAAGCGUGUGGAGACAUUCGUGGGGGGGGGGGGGCUCGGACGUUCGAAGGAAGAAGCGACGACACCACGAGCAGCAGCAGCAGGGCCAUCCAUUAUGCGGUCAGCCCUCUGCUGAGAUCUGACCCUGCCAGGCUCCUUCUAUCAGCACGACAAAAGCGCACACAGGCCACGGGCAGGAGAGGGCGAGGAAGUUUGCGACAGCAGGGAAGGGAGCGCGGGUCCUUGCCGCGCGCCAGCGUGCAUCUGAUGGAGACGCCACAGCGCAGACCUUGAGAGCCCAGCGAGCCCGUGCCACACACGCCACCGCCACCACCAAAAGCCACCUCGCCAGCUCAGCCCUCUCCAGCCAUGGCCUGUUGCCGCACUUCGAGCUCGUGUCAGCAGCUGCUACUGCUGCUGCUCGUGUGCGCUGUUACGCUCACCUCGUCUCGUCCGCCGUCCAGCAGAGUCGCCGUGCCCACGGCCGCACUGCAGAGGCCGCCGCUGGCCUCUGCAGAGCUGCUGCUACCAGUGGGCGAGGCCCUGCACCUGCGCUGCCCGGCCGCGCGCUACCGCUUCGAUCCCGCCGUCGGGUGGGCCAAGGACGGCGCCGCGUUGGUCGCGUCCAACCGCACGCGCUUCUCGUCGCUCGAGCUGCACAUCUCCGAGCUGUCCCUCGACGACUCGGGAGUCUACAGCUGCUCCACGUCCGGCCCGUCGGGCCCCGUGCGGGCCAACUUCACGGUCGUCGUCUCGGAAUCCCUUUCCUCGGGUGACGAUGAGGGAGGUGACGAUGGCUCGGAUGAAACGGCCAUGGACCCUGAUGAAGGGGCAAGCGCGCCCUACUGGACCCAUCCGGAGAAGAUGGAGAAGCGCCUGCACGCCGUGCCCGCCGGGAACACCGUGAAGUUCCGCUGCCCCGCCGCCGGCGUGCCGAUUCCCUCCAUCGUGUGGUUCAAGAACGGCAGGGAGUUCCACGGAGAGCACCGCAUCGGUGGCAUCCGGCUGAGGCACCAGCACUGGAGCCUGAUCAUGGAGAGCGUCGUGCCCUCGGACCACGGCAACUACACGUGCGUGGUGCGCAACCGCCACGGCACCGUCAACCACUCCUACCAGCUCGACGUCGUCGAGCGCUCGCCCCACCGGCCCAUCCUGCAGGCCGGCCUGCCGGCCAACCAGACGGCCGUGGUGGGCAGCAACGUGGAGUUCCACUGCAAGGUGUACAGCGACGCGCAGCCGCACAUCCAGUGGCUCAAGCACGUGGAGGUGAACGGCAGCCGCUAUGGCCCCGACGGCUCGCCCUACGUGCAGAUCCUGAAGACGGCCGGAGUCAAUACCACAGACAAGGAGAUAGAGGUCCUCUAUUUACAGAAUGUAACAUUUGACGAUGCUGGGGAAUAUACUUGUUUGGCGGGUAAUUCCAUUGGGAUCUCUCACCACUCUGCAUGGCUGGUUGUCAUCCCAGCGGAGAGCACUGAGGUGAAGGUCGGCCUCGCUCCCCCAGAUUAUUUGGAAAUUGGCAUUUAUUGCACGGCCGGCUUGCUCAUACUCAUGAUGAUUGCCGUCGUGGUAUUUUGCCGAAUGCGGACGCCUAAGGCGCAGAAGCCGCCCUUCAAUGAGCCCAAACUCUGCAAGCUCUCCAAAGGCAUCCCUCUCAAGAGACAGGUAUCGGUGGAGUCGAACGGCUCGAUGAACUCGAGCGUGCCGCUCGUGAUGCGGGGCGGCCGCUUCUCGUCGGGAGACUCCCCGACGCUGGCCGGGGUCUCAGAGUACGAGCUGACCGAAGAUCCACGCUGGGAGUUCUCUCGGGAAUGGCUGACGCUCGGCAAGCCGCUGGGCGAGGGCUGCUUCGGGCAGGUGGUGAUGGCCGAGGCGUUGGGCAUCGACAAGGAGAAGCCCAACCGCAGCCUCCGCGUCGCCGUCAAGAUGCUGAAGGAGGACGCCACGGACAAGGACCUCUAUGACCUGGUGUCAGAAAUGGAGAUGAUGAAGAACAUCGGGAAGCACAAAAACAUCAUCAACCUGCUGGGGGCGUGCACGCAGGGCGGGCCCCUGUACGUGAUUGUGGAGUUUGCGGCGAAGGGGAACCUGCGCGAGUUCCUGCGCGCCCGCCGGCCGCCCGGCACGGAGUACACGUUCGAGGGCGCCGCCAGCGCGCAGGGCGAGCAGCUCUCCAUCAAGGAGCUGGUGUCGUUCACCUACCAGGUGGCGCGGGGCAUGGAGUACCUCGCCUCCAAGAAGUGCAUCCACCGAGACCUGGCGGCACGGAACGUGCUCGUGACGGACGACAACGUGAUGAAGAUCGCGGACUUUGGCCUCGCCCGCGACGUCAACUACAUUGACUACUACAAGAAGACUUCCAACGGUCGUCUGCCGGUGAAGUGGAUGGCGCCGGAGGCCUUGUUCGACCGCGUGUACACGCACCAGAGCGACGUGUGGUCGUUCGGGGUGCUGCUGUGGGAGAUCUUCACGCUGGGAGGCUCUCCCUAUCCUGGCAUCCCCGUGGAGGAGCUGUUCAAACUCCUCAAGGAGGGACACCGCAUGGACAGGCCGGCCCUCUGCUCCACCGAGCUGUACAUGAUGAUGAAGGACUGCUGGGCAGCUGUCCCCUCGCACAGGCCCACGUUCAAGCAGCUGGUGGAAGACUUGGAUCGCAUCCUCACCAUGACCGCUCAGGAGGAAUACCUGGACUUGUCGGCCCCAUUGGAGCAGUACUCUCCGAGCUUCCCCGACACUCACAGCACCUGCUCUUCCGGCGACGACUCCGUGUUCUCCACCGAGCCCCUACCCGACGAGCCAAGCCCGCCUCCGUAUCUACCGCCCACCCUGGCACCCACCCUGGCACCCACCCUGGCGCCAACCCUGGCGCCCACCCUCGCGCCCACCCUCGUGCCCACCCUGGCAUCCUCGAUGCCAACCUCCCUGUCGCCCUCCCUGCAGCUGUCAACGUAACGGAGGCGCAGCAGCUGUGCCGCCGCCGACCCAACUGUGUACAUACGGGACAUUGCUAGCGCCUUCAGCGAAGCGAGGUCGAAAGAGACGCUCGGAUAUGAAUGAGGCGCUGGGAGAAUUUAUUCAAAGGGACUCGAUGAUCAGCUAUUGCAGGCAUUUGCGAGCGCUGCCUGCCGCGUUGUUGUUGUUAUCGAAUCUCGGUGCGAGGGCCCCCGCACGACAAGCCAGCCCUCCCUGACCUUGAACGAGGCCCGCUGGGAAUCCGUGAAGGAUUUAAUGCCCGUGCGACAAGCGUCCCAGUUUAAUCACACUUGGCAGAACGCCAGCCCAGAUGCAACUCCAAAAGCCGACCCGUGGUUAAGUCGUCAACUUAGGUUCCUGCAGUCGCCGCUUUGUUGAAGCAAUCGUGAGUGACAGCCGAAAAUCCUCCACGCAAGCGCCGUGCGAUCCUCUUGCCUUGAUGCUGGUCAGGCCUUAACGCGUCUCCCAGCCCGGCUCAUCCGUGCGUUCGCCCCCUCUCCUUUUAUCACCGAACGCAAAGGAUCUGUGCAUUGCGGGGUGCCUGUGUCGGACCCGAGUGGACGAGCAGCGCCUGCAGAGGUGGCCUUACUUCCCGGUGAAGCUUCCGACUGCAUGACAAGCGACGGGGGUGGGAUGGGGGGGGGCUAACAAAAUGAUCUUCAAAGCGGUGCCUUGGGCUAUGUUUAUACAGUUCAUUUGGUGGCCAGCGGGACUGAAUGUAUUUUCGUUGCCAAUUGACUUGUGGCCUCAGGUAUGUUUCUUGUAACCCUCGGGGAGCCUGAGGAGCCAAUGUGACGGCACCCACACAAUCGCUUUUGGAGUUUGAAAAACUGCAAACGGGAGCCGUAGUGGAGUAGUAUCGUCUCCCGUCGUGCGAACACGCCAUCACCUGAACGCGUUUUGAAGCAAAGCAGUCGUCAGCCCUUGUGCGUUCGUUAUGCCUGUCCGCGCUUCUCAUAUCUCACAGCAAUAUACCAUACGGACUGGACUUGAAGCGAAACACCAAGAAAAUAUGUACGCAUUUUUAUUGCAGUCACCUUUGCCAUGGUCAACAGCUGGCGGGGGGGCUCAAAGUUGGAUGCAGCGUCAUCGCUUGAUUGGCCCCGGCGUGAAAUAAUAACACAGGUCACAUUAUAUUCCACUUCUUUGGAUAAAUGACCGCCGUAGAUACCGCUAUAUUUUGAGAAACGACUCAACAUGCAGCCUACAUUGAACACAUUCUGUGUGGGUGGCCCAUCACACCUUAUGCCUCGUCAUCAGACUGAUUGUUGGUGGGGGCAGCCUGCUAUUAUUGUCUCUUCGUUAAAAUAUUUGCAAGUGACAACCCGUGGUCUGGGAGAAUGAAUGGUAAAUCGUCCGCCUCCAAAAGAGCUCCUUAGAAGAGCCACCGAAGGAGAAUCUUUUUUCCAAUGGCAGUAAAAAAACAAAGAAAGCAGCGCCACUCUGGUGUGCGAUUCACCUCGUGAGUGAGCAACAGACGGAGGGAGAAACGAUGAGGCUUCUGUGAAAACAUGAGGAGGGGAGGGGGGUGGUGGGCGCUGCUGCAAGCUCUGGAGAAAUUUCAUCCACCACAGCGGUUGUUGUUGGGCGUAGCGUCAGACUUCACUCAUUUGUACACGUUUGAUUCCUUGAAACAUUAAAUGGCUGAAUGUAGGGAAACUUGCAACACAAAUUUGAGAACUGAAAUGUCCGAACUACAGUAAUUUAUUUAUUUUUUAACAAAUACAAAAACGUGCUAAAUUUUUUGCUUAAUUUAAACUUUAGUGACCGGUGUAAUAUCUAUUUGCCAGAUAUUUUAUCUUUUUUAAAAUGUAUUUUUGCAUUGCCUCGGUUUUCACGGUACAUCUGAAAUACCUUUUUAAUACUAAUGACACUAGAUAUGUACAUUUAAAAAAGUAUUUCUUAUCUGAAUGAACACUCGACUUUGCGGACAUUUGUGCUCUCAAGACAAUUGCCACUCGUGUGUGGCGCUGGAAAUAAGAUUAGUCAGAAGAAGAAGACAACAACAAGAUAACAGGGCACUGCAAAUGAGUUAGGACAAUGGAAAAAAGGCACACACACAUUUAUUCUGCAAGACUCAUGCCCUUUGGCCGAUUGUGAACCAGGAACACAAGCCAUUUGUGCGGACGCUCUCAGGGUAUCAACCUUAUCUGCCUUCCGGGAGCCGGGGUGUAACAAUAUUUACAUAUCGCUUUCGCCGUAAGAAAGCGGCAAGCGGUAAUACAACCCGCUUACAAAGAUAGGUACAAUCCGUUGGCGAGUCACGAUGACAUAGAGCACACAUUAUACUGUAUAUGGAUUUAAGAUGCAUACGUAUGGUUGUGUGUGUGUAUACAUGUUGUAAAUGUUAGGCCAGUUUGCAUUAAUGAUGAAAUCUAACCACGAUUAAACGGUCAAGGAGGUUUUUUUUUUUACAACAAACUGAAUGCAUGUUUAACAAAUUGUAUUGUUUGAAAUUGACAGCUCUCAGUUUUGUAUUAUGCACAAUUACAGGCUUAUUGAUAAUUACUAAUACAACGCUGCAAGUGGUUGGUAUAUUUGACAUCUAAAGCGCGAGGCUUAAGAAUACACACGUAGCAGUAGAGGCAUAUUCACCACGAUGGCACAGUUAAGAGGCUCCUGAAAUCUGAAUGCUAACCGCAUAAUUCCUCGUGUUGGUGAUUUGUAAAAUAAGAUUGUAACUCUGAUCGUGUCUAUAGUUUGUACAUUAGUUCGUGUGGACAUUCCAGUGCCUGCUGCCCCCCGACAGCGUGCCGAAAUAAGAAGUGAAGUUGAGGAAGAUAAAUUGCAGGCUGAUCGGCGUUUUGUGUUUGUCCGUGGACCUCUUGCCGACACUCGUUGCGAAAAGAAGAUUGUGGCUGCCUGCGGCUCUUUGGUGGACUUUUCAAGAGUGCAAGCACGUGGACCUGAAAACUCAACUCUCUGCAUAUAUGUACCAGUGACAAUUUUUAUAUGGAAUCCAGACAAGCCAAGCAUGUGCGUUUCUAACAACUACUUUAUACUUUGAAUGGCAAUACUUUGGAGAUGGUGGCGCUUCCAAGAAAAGCCUACAUGGGAUGUUCUGCAGGCUAUGGUUUGUUGCCUUGUGAUUGUCAAUUUGCAGUGCCAACAAUACACAGAUCUCUUGCCAUUGUGCCUAAAGAGCAAAGCUGUACGUACACUUCAUACAAUAUUACGCAAGUUUGGUUCAUAUCAACGACCAAUUUUACUUUUAAUAAGAACUAUAUCUGAAUAUGUAUAUUGAAAUAAAUUUUAAAAUAAUAUUGGCUCUUAGAUACAAAGAGCAUACAUUUACAAUUUCCUGUGUAAGGCAGGGAUAUACUCUGUAACACUAUGGUUUAGAUUUGUACUGGAGCAUUCCUAUAUAUAAAAAAUAUAUAAAUAUAUUUACAUGUAAGUGUCUGCCUUCUAAAGAGCAAAGCAGUUAUUACAGUAUGGUUUAUGGCAGAAUUUACAACAAAGAUUUAUUAGAUUUAUUAACCUAAUUUAUUGAUAAAUUUUACAAAAUUGUUGGAUUUGUAAACAAUCUUGUAGUUAAUUCCUACUAAACGAAGGUGUAUAAUGUUUAUUGUUUUUCAAGUUUGAAAUGUUGCACAGGUUGGUUGCGUUCCUGCAUCCGUUGUCCAGGAGCUGUUGUGGUUUUCCUGACAGCCCUUCGAGACUACCAUGAGGCUUCGCCAAAUAAAAUAAUUCUGUUCAACUGGGUACCGAGGUCUGCGCUGCCCCAGUUUUACUUUGUCCUCAAAUGCAGCAGCAGCAUCUCCACCAACAGAGAUGGUGGUUGUUGCACACUGCCCACAAAACAUCGGGAAUUAAGCUGCGACCAAUUCCAAAUUUUUUUGGCGAAAUAAUUGUGUUUUUGCUUCGGCAUGUUAAGAGUAAAGUGGUUUGAAUAAUGAUCUCCGAACUGCUGUUAGCAUAAACCAUGCGAGCGUGAAAAAAAAAACUCGUGACCAUUAAGCCUGUGUGAUUUACUCACUCCUGCAUGGGAUCAACAACGCUUUUGUGCAUUUCAAAAAUAAAGUUAAGCCUGUCUACUCA